CCAUCGUCAAGUUACCAUUAGCAACUGGGCAGCACCCGGUCCGGGUGUUGGCUGAGCACUCGCCUGCAUAAAUACAUGUGAAGGUCUUCCUUCCAGACACCAAAGAGGAUACUGGCAGAUUGAUGAAUUGGGAGUUGGGAUGUAUGUGAGCGUCACCAUGAUUUCGACGUAAGGCUGCAGCAAGAGGCGCCGUCAUGCUGCCAGGAGUCGGCGUGUUUGGGACAGGAAGCACAGCUCGAGUGCUGGUCCCAAUGCUAAAAGCUGAGGGCUUUGAGGUCCAUGCGCUCUGGGGGAGGAGUGAAGAGGAAGCAUGCAGCCUGGCAAAGGAGCUCGGUAUCCAGUUUCACACGAGUCGAUCUGAUGACGUCCUGUUACACCAAGAUGUUGACCUUGUUUGCAUCUAUAUUCCACCCUCAAUGACACGGCAGAUUGCUGUCAAAGCACUGGGCAUAGGCAAGAAUGUUGUAGCUGAGAAAGCUGCGACUGCUGUGGAUUCUUUCCAGAUGGUGAAUGCAGCCAGAUAUUACCCGCAGCUGCUCAGCAUUAUGGGUAGCACCCUGCGUUUCCUCCCCACUUUUGCGGCGAUGCGGCAGCUGCUGGUCGAGGGAUACGUGGGUGAAGUGCAGGUAUGCGACGUGCGCGUGUACGGCCCCAGCCUCCUGGACCAGUCGUACGGCUGGACUUGUGAGGACCUGAUGGGAGGCGGGGGGCUGCACACAGUCGGCUCGGCCAUCAUCGACCUUUUAAGUUACCUGACCGGGACGCGGGCCCAACGCGUUCACGGCCUGCUACGCACCUUCGUACAACAAAAUGACACCAUCAGAGGCAUCCGACGGGUCACCAGCGACGAUUUUUGUUUUUUCCAAAUGUUGAUGGGGCCGUGCUCGGGGGGCGUGUGCUGCACCGUGACCCUGAACUUCAACAUGCCGGGUUCCUUUUUGCAUGAGGUGAUGGUAGUUGGAUCUGCGGGGAGACUGGUGGCCAGGGGGACAGAACUGUACGGUCAGCGCAACAGCAGCAAAAACGAGGAGCUGUUGCUAGGUGACGGCGGCUGGGCUGGACCUGAUGCGAAAGACAUACCUUUGCCCCACUUGCGGGGGCUGGGUGGCAUGGUCAAGGCCUUGAGACAUUCCUUCCAGGCUCACCAGGAGCGCAGGUUAUGGGCGCGCGGGCCGGUCGCCAUGGCACCCACCUUCGAGGACGGCUUGUACGUGCAGACGGUUGUGGAGGCCGUAAAGCGGUCCAGCUGUAGUGGAGAGUGGGAGUGUGUUGAGAUCAUGAGUAAAGAGCCGGAUCCCAACCACAACUUGUGCGAGGCUCUGCAGAGAAAUAAGAACUAAUCAUCAAACACGACUCGCAAAAAGUUUGGGUUACUGAGGUUUCGGGUGAAAUUUCAAGAUGAACUUAAAAUGCACUAUUACCUUUACAGGUGAGCUUAAUUUGAGCUUCUCUAAACAUUUGUAUGCACUUGUCCAAGUGUUCAAUAUUUCAGGACUUUUUAAACAAUUCACUGUUCUUGGCCCCAACAUACCGAAUGACGCGGCCGAAACCGACUGAAUUUAUGCCCAGUGUGCAGGGUUCUGCAACUAGUUGCAUGAGUGGCCAAUUUUCGGCCACUGGUUUUGAUGCGAUUCAAAAUUUUAAUCGCCGGUGGACGGUGUCGCAAUGUCACAGCAAAAUGCGCGACUUUUCACAAAAAAUGUUUCUGGGUUUUAAGCGUAACCUGCCAAGCCACACAAUAUAGUAUCUACUAUACUCAAAUAUAUAUAAAAUGUUUUACAAUAGUACUUAACUGUAUUUAUAAUUUCAUAUUGCUGGCAUGGGGCAGAAUCCUCGCAUUUCCAAGAUCAACACUUUUCAGGAAACCAAAAAAAAAAAAAAAAAAAAAAAAACAGUAUGCUUGUGGAGUCAUUCACAUUGCAUUUUCAAAGACAGCAUGCCAUUUUAAAAACUCUAGAUUGGACAAUAAUUUGUAAAAAUAACACAUCCUUGUGGAUACUGACCAUUAGUAUAGAAUUGUGAAAAAAUAUGAAAUGUACCAAAUUUUGACACUUCCCGACAGUGACGAUACAGUGCAGUGAAAAAGUAUUUUCCCCCUUCUCAAAGUUUGGUCUCACUAGUUACUAGGGUUGGGCAUGGAGAAUCGAGAACGGAUUGGAACCGGGAGUAACAUCCCGUUCAGUAAUCGUUCCAAUAAAAAAAAUUUGGUUCCCAGUUUUGAUGCCUGUAGUCCGCCAAGGAGAAAGUGGCAAAAAACAACGAAGAAGAACGCGCCUGAAGACGUGCUUGUGCUCAACAGUGGCGGCUAACUAAAGUGUGUCUUAACUAUGUUAAAAUAAAUGACCAGUCGCCUCAGUGCAUCACUUAGAAUAAGAUUAUAUUGUCCAAAGGAGGCUUUCAUGAUGUGUAGAAGUCGUCUGACUUGUCUAUGCCAACAUUGAGGCAGCUAACAAGUUAAAGGUCGGUUGCACUUUUGCACUGAUGUUUUUUUACCGUUUAUUUUAGUCUUCAAACCAAUGUAAGAGCUGAUGACAGGAGAAAAAAAAAAAGCUUAACAUUGAGCUAAAACUUUACCGGUCAAACUAGCAACUUUACAUCACAAUGAAUUGGGACAAAAUUUACAUAAACGUUGUCUCACAGUAUCACAAACACUAACCUUGUGUCUCAUCGGUGGGUAAGUAAAGGAAUCAACGUUUGAUAGUAUUUGAUUCCAUUUAUUACUCUUUUUCUUAACCUCAAAAUUUACUUUCGGUUUUUUUUGUUGUGUGAAGUUACUUUUCGUGCCAAAAUGCUGAGUUCCAGUGCGUACCGUUCAAAAUAAUAAGCUACUAUCUUAAAACAGGAAGUCAAGUGAAAACUUGCACACAAAAACCAUUUGAUGUGAUAAAACGGUCACAAAUAAUUUUAACAAUGCUAUAUUUAACUUUUUGCUGAAACAUUAAUUAAUGAAUAUGAAGUCAAUUGUGUUAGUUCCAAACACAUUUUCUUUUAGUUCAUAGCUUUGAUAUUGAUACUGGUUAUAAAGAACCCCUGGUCAAAUGUUCAUUUUAGUCUGUGCAGCGGGCUGCUAAGAAAAUGGAUGUUCAUAAUUUGGACACCCUUUUUAAACCAUGCAAACUUUUUUUGACCCAGCCCCCUAAAAGAAUCUGAAUCGAGAAUCGUUCGGAACCAGGAUCGAAAUGAGGAAUCGGGACCGGAAUCGCUCCAAUUCAAACGAUGCCCAACCCUACUAGUUACAUAGUUGUCCUAGUAGUGUGCAGAAAUGUUAGACAGUAGUGGAAAAACCUACUAGUGCGCUGAAUUUUCUUACUAGUGAGGACAGAGUGUACUGGAUUUCAAGGAUGUCGAAUAAAUGCUCAAACGGCUUUAUGGAAAGCAGCCCAUACUAGUAGCAUACCUGGUCAUCCUGGAUGGAGGAUCCCUCGAUCUUUAAUCUCUUGUCAAGGUCUCUUUGUUUUCUUCCCCAUAAAUAGGGAGCUUUCCUUGCCCAGAUGGGGGGUCGAGACCAGAGGAUGUCAUAAUCCUUUGUGAUUAAAGGAUGUAUAAAUAAACUUGACCAGUUUUUGUUUUUUUUCUUAUUUACACAAAUACAGUACGUAGCUGUGGCUAGAAAGCAAAGCGUUGUGAGUCUCUGUUGCAGAGUACGGGUGUUUCUUCCUUGACUUCUACAUAAAAAUAAAAAAACGGACCGGUAGAUGUGCAAUGCUCAAUCGCUCGGUGUGCGUCGAAGAGUCGCAAAUGGCAAUAUCUUCGCGAUGGUUCACUGCAGUCGUGUUUGUCUGUAUUGUUCUGUUCCUAACAAGAAGCUGAAGGGCAAAAUUCGAGCUCCUUGUUUGAGAAAAACAAAAAGUACUGAAACGUUGAUCCGUUGGACAUGACAUUCAAAAGUUUAGGUCAAAUUAAGUUCAUAUGUAAAGGCUAGAGUGCAUUUUAGGGGGCAUCUUUAAAAUUUCACUCAAAAGUCCAAUACCAUAUCCCUAAGGUUUUGUGACUAGUGCAUUGUAGGAGUGCUACUACUAAACAUGUCUGAUGGAACUGGCCAGGAAUGUUUUCACUUCAGCUGCAGUUUGCACCACACGACUACUUUGAGCUUUAUUGACACCUGUUUUAUUGAAUGUUUGGCCUGAGAAACAUUCACUAUUCGUUUUCUCUAUUGAGAGCCAUUUUUAUUUUUUAUAUAUUAAUAAUAGUUGGGCUAAAAAAAAAUAAGGUUUUUUUUUUUUUUUUUUUUUUUUUUUUUUUUUUACAUUGAUGUGUUUAUUUGAAAAAUAUUAUUAUACAUCCAAGUCCACUGGCACCUUAUUGUGAAAGUCUUGAUGAUGUGAUUUGACUAACAAAUUUACUUUUGUGACACUUGCAAAAUUCUACUGAUGUUCCAUUGGUGAUGCUCAUCUUUUUUGGAACAUUUACUAGCAGAAUAAUUCAGCUGUGCAGAACAUUUUGAAUGUGCCGUAAAUUAAUCUGGAAAUUAUCGGUUUCGUGCGACACAUUGGAUGGAGCAUGUGGAGUUGAGGUUUUCCCCUUUCUUGCUAGGAUUUUCUCCGGGCUUUCUCCCACGUUCCAAAAACAUGCAUGUUAGGUUAGGUUAUGCCUCUCACUUAUAGUCAUCUAAGCUCACCUGUGUCCCCAAACAGGAUAGAAAAUAGAUUAAAUAAUAUGUUUUGAGUCACCGAUGGUGUAGUGGUACACUCGCCUGACUUUGGUGCAGGCAGCGUGGGUUCAGUUCCCACUGAGUGACGGUGUGAAUGUGAGUGCGAAUGGUUGUCCGUGUCUAUAUGUGCCCUGCGACUGACUGGCGACCAGUUCAGGGUGUAGUCCGCCUUUCGCCCAAAGUCAGCUGGGAUAGGCUCCAGCGUCCCGCGACCCUAACCAGGAUAAGCGGUGUUGAAAAUGGAUGGAUAGUAUGUUUUGAUGCCACAUUGGUAGACUAAGAUGUAAGUAAUAUCUGCAAUAGUAAGGACUGUGUUUAAUAAGCUAUUUUGGAAAAGUGAUGUAAAGGUGGAUUUGUGUCCCAAAUUGAAGCAACUUAAAAUCCCACAGACGAAAGAGGAUGGAAACAAUUUGUGGUCUCCUUCACAAAGCAGCAGAUGUUUCGGCAAUGGUGGGGAAAUCACAAUUUCCCUGCAUCAACCACAUGCGUGAAAACAUCUUAAUUCCAUCAGAUUGUGGUAUAACAAGAGGCUAUUUGGUUGCAAAACAAAACAAAACAGCACAACACAUUUGGCAAGCAGGGCUUUUUUUGUUUGUUUUUUCCGACCGAUCUGUUACGUAUUGUUUACCCUGAAGCAGGACCCAACCAGGUUUCAAACAACCAGGAUUCAAUGAAGCAUUUCAUAUAUUUUCUGGCUUCAAAUGUAAUCCUGCACCAGCAGAAACGAGGCUCGUCAAAUAUUACAGCGACAUUUUAGCAUUUAAACUGUUGGUUUUAGAUAACUUAUUUGACAAGCAAAUGGGGUGAAACUCACUUGUUUACGUUUGUUGUCCUUUUGUGAGACUUGUUGUUUGCAAAAAGAUAUGAACUGAUGCCUCAAAUCCAGAGUGGUGCCAAAUAUGCCCUGUCAUGAAUAUUUGAACCCCUGGAUACAACGUGUGACUAGGAUGAUGUCAUGGUCGUACAGUAGUCACUCACCGAUACCCUUAACAUUUUAGGAUUUUUUUGUUUCUGUUUUUAAUAAAUGAAAACCCCCUUUUAGACCUACUCAGACUCUGCAAAGAAGAUUUUGACCUAACUCUAUUCCAACAGUGCAUUACUGUACUAUAAAAGUAAGUUUACAUCACGUGUUUUCAGAAUAUACAUCCUAUUUCCCAAGACAUUCCAAACAUUCAGAUUUAGCUUGUAUUAUCAUCUUUUUUUGCACUGACACUGUAAAAUUAUUUAACAAACUGCGCUUCCUCUUCCAGCCAGCGCACUGCAAAAUGUAUUUAAUGUUUGUCUGUAUAAGGAAGAUUGUUUAUUUAUGGUUUGGUGUGGAAAAUAAUUUCAUGUUUAUUCAUCUGUUCACUUUUGUCAGUCUGUGAAUUUCUUUUGAAGCUGUAAUAUUUAUUACUUUUUUUUUGGUUUUGGUUUUUAUUUCUGACCAUGCCUCUUUGAGAACACAGUGUUGUGUUUAUGUCUGGGGAAUCUGUUUAUCUGACAGAUAUUUCCUUUAAUAAAUACAGUUGUAUUAAUUUAAAUGUUCACUUUUUGCUCAUGUCAAGUGAAGCUAAUAGCAUGUUGAAACCUUUGAAAUAGACAUGACUCUUGCUAACAAGUACAGACAGCACAUAAGAGCAUUUAUUCAAUAUCCUUGAUAUCCAGUUUAAGGUCUAUGUACAGUACUAGUACGCUCUUUGUCCUCACUAAUAACACAAUUCAGCACACUUGUAGAAUGACUAGGGCGCACUAGUAGAACAACUGUCUUCCUGUUUUUUCCACUACUAGAGCAACUGCAACUACUACUAGUAAGCAAACCGAACUAAAGUACUGUGCUGCACUAAUAACACCAACGAGUUUGCAUGUGUCACACACUAGUAGUCUCCUGGACCCUACGAGUUGCAGCAACAUGCCGACUAGUAGUUUUGCCUUACUAGUUACAGUACAUAGUUGUCCUGGUUGUGUGCAGAAAUGUUAUAGAGUAGUGGAAAAGCCUACUACUGCGCUGAAUUGUUUUACUAAUGAGGACAGAGAGUGUACUAGUGAAUGGACCUUAAACUGGAUUUCAACUGUAUUUUUUAUCUUUAAUCCCUUCUCAAGGUCUCUUUGUUUUCUUCCCCCUAA